AACGGUCUGAGUCUGACUCCUCACAUCUUCCUCCUCCUCCUCCUCCUCCAACAACAUGAACAGAGUCAUCCUCCAGCUCGUCGCAGUGGGAUUUUGCUUCGCAAUCGGCCAAGCGCUGCAGUGCUACAAAUGCAAAUUAGGCGUGUUGAACUUGUGCAUUACCUCUGAAAUCACAUGUACAGCUGGAGAGAUAUGCUUCAGUGGUGUUGGGACAGCAGCCUCCUUCAUGGAUAUCAAGAUGAAGGGCUGUCUAGCGCAGGGUGAAUGCAACAAGACCAAGGAGGUGAACUUUCCCAGCGACUCCAACUCCACCUUCUACACCAUGACCAAGACCUGCUGCUCCACUGACUUCUGCAACGGUGCGCCUGGUCUGCCCGGUGCCUCCGGGCUCACCCUGGCCUUCGCCACCAUCAGUGCUCUGCUCGUGGCCCACAUCCUGGUUUGACAGAAGAUACAGCGGAUACUGGAUGACACAAAACGCACACACGCAUAAACACACACAUUUCAUAUUGUACACACACAAGCACUACCAGGCUUAAAUUGAGUGCCCACCUCAGACAUGAGCUCUGUGGUUUUUUAACACCAGAGAUUGUUUUUCUUCUCUACACAGGCUUUGUCUUUAUUGUUCUGCAGGUUCUUUUUCAUUUCACACAAAUGUUUAUGUCAAUUAAAGUUAAGUCCCUAACCUUUUUGCUGUAGGUGUCAGUUUUCUCGUUCAGUUUGUGCCAUCAUAGCUUAAAGGAAUAGUUGUUCUGUGUGGUAGAUAUAAAGCUACCGCCAGCAGAUUGGUUUAGCUUUGCAUAAAGAGUGGAAAACAAAAGAAAAAAACGCUAGCUAAAGCUGAAUUCUAGCAGCUUUAAAUUGUAGUAAUUAUCUUUCUAGCUCACUGGGGAAAAAAGGUAAUGGAUUUGUAACAUGGAGCCCAUGAUCUCAUUUGUUUCCUUUAGCCAGACCCAGACUAGUAUCCCUAUUUACAGUUAUGCUAAGCUAAGCUAACAGUUUUCUGGCUUAAGCCUCAUGUUUGUCGUGUUGCUUUUCUAAUCAAACUCUGAAAGAAGCAGAGAAAGUGAAUUUAACAAAUUUUCAAGCUACUCUGUUGUGUUUUGACCCACUGCAUCGUCAUUUCAGAGCCAUAAUAUUCAAACAAAUUUAUGAUUUAUUAACCAGUUUAUGGUUACUAUAAUUCUGAGUUUUUAACCUGUUCUAUGUCAGAUAUUGGUUUCACAUCUACGCUGCAUAUUACUCUUUAACUGUGGGGUAGAAGCUUCUGUUGAUCUAUAGUUCUGAAUGUAUAUAUCGGGCGAACGGGAUUAAAUGUUGUGUUUGAAGACACUGAAAUGUAACUGAGAUUGAACUCAUUUUAAAUUUGUCAGUGCUGAUGAUUAAAACUUCCUGAAAUUCUCCUGACACUAUCGGCCUAAAAGAAAAGAAUGUGUUUCUGAAUGUUUUCUGAGAAGUUGGAUAUGUAGACAAUUUGAAGAAUAAAAUAAACACAAGUGGGGUAAAAAAACA